AGACCGCGCGGGCGCGCCCGACGCCUCGCGCCUCGAACACAAGAGCCCGAGCGAGCGGGGCCGCCAAAGCGAACAGGAAGGAACCGGUCACGACGGUAUAAACCGGAUAGCGGGUGGCCGCGCCAGCAGGCGGCGUCAGCGACUCCCUCCAGUCCAGUUGGUGGUGCGCGCGAAGGCGAAGCGAGGGAUGGAGGCGCGGGCGCGACCGCGGCGCGGAGUGACGCUGGCCGAGCAGCUCGCUGCGUCGUCCAACCUCCGGGACCUCCUCAAGCUGCGCGACGGCAACGGCCAAGGCGAACGCGCGGCGAGGAGGCGCCGCACGCUGCUCGACGUCAUCCGCGACGCGGACGGGGACCGCGCUCCUGCCGCCGCGUCCGCACGCCGCGGCGUCUGCCCCGCGACGGGACGCACGGUCGCCGCGGAGCCAGCGCCGGCGCCAGAGGAGGCCGCGCGGGGGGAGAGGGUGUCCCUGAUGGCGCUGCUGGAGCGGACGGAGCAGCAGUGGGCCGCCCGCGCCGCCGGCGGGCACUGGAAGCGCGUGGACGCGGAGGACGACGACGCGCCGGAGGAGAAGGAGAAGGAGAAGGGCGGCGGCGGGGGCGUGGGCGGGCGGGGCUGCGUGUGCGUGGCGCGGGGCAAGGGCGCGGCCUUCAUCCCCUGCGGCCACACCUUCUGCCGCGCCUGCGCCCGCGAGCUCCGCGCCGGCCGCGGCCGCUGCCCGCUCUGCAACGCCACCAUCCGCGAGGUCCUCAACCUCUUCUGACCUGCCGCCCCUCCGCCGGCGACGGCUGUUCUGUUCGUUCUCCCCGCAACAAGUCAUCUUUCCAUCGUUUUCGCACCGGGUUCACGCUCCAAUCUUGAACCCAGUUACCCAACCAUUCCUUUCAUCGCAGAAACCUUGCAGUGUAGAUAAUUUUUUUUUCUGUCUCGUUCUUGCUCGUUCUCCUCCUCGGAACCGAAGAUAGAUUCAACAGGACACUUGUACUACAUCGUAGUGGAUGCAGCAUUCAUGGAUCAAAAUUCAAUUCCUGCAA